AUGCCGUCCCAAAAGAACUCGAAUGGCACCGGCGGCCAGGUCAGCCACCGUUUGCGCAAUUUCUUCCGUAUGAACACUGGAGGUAGUACUGGCAGUGCUUCUAGCGAUAAGGAUAAAGAAAAGGAAAAAGAAAAGACCUCGGCCGCUACCACACCCGAUCCCUCGAAAUCUCGUCACACAAAGUUCUUUAGUAAUACAGUUGGCCGCCUGCGCGCGCACACCGUGGCAAGCGAAGGCAACCAGUUGGAGGAGGCUAUGAGCCCUACGGCUCACGCGAACCCUUAUUUUGCCCAUCAAGGCCAACCAGGACUGCGUCACCAUAAUUCCGACUCUGUUCCCCCGAGCCCCCCGGAUACGCCAAGUCUGAAGAUCCAAGCACCGGAUGGCACCACUACAACCGACCAGGCUACCAGCGAGACCAAAGAGGAGCUUGCUAGGAGACUUAGAAGAGUCGCCAGCGCACCCAACGCUCAAGGCUUGUUUUCCAAGAACGACCCCAACAAUGAGCGCCCUGCGACUGCCGAGCUUGGUAAGGAUCCUCUUACAAGCUCUGGCGCGCUUGGCCUCAUAGAAUCGGCUAAGACUUCUCAAACUGAAGAAAUGUCCAAGCAUGCCAAUCCAGACGACGUUCUUGCUGCUCUACCAGCUCCCAACAUGUCAAUGGCCUUCCGUCGAACCUAUAGUUCCAAUUCGAUCAAGGUCCGAAACGUUGAAGUUAGCCCUUCUAGUUUCGACAAGAUAAAGCUUAUUGGAAAGGGAGACGUUGGUAAAGUCUAUCUCGUGAGGGAGAAGAAGAGUAGUAGGCUUUAUGCCAUGAAGAUACUGAGUAAGAAGGAGAUGAUCAAGCGAAACAAGAUCAAGCGAGCUCUCGCCGAGCAGGAAAUCCUGGCGACAAGCAAUCACCCUUUCAUUGUCACGUUAUACCACUCUUUCCAGUCAGAAGACUACCUUUACUUGUGUAUGGAGUAUUGCAGUGGUGGCGAGUUCUUCCGCGCUCUCCAAACGCGCCCUGGAAAAUGCAUUCCCGAAGAGGAUGCUCGAUUCUACGCUGCUGAAGUGACAGCAGCGCUGGAGUACCUGCAUCUUAUGGGAUUUAUCUACCGAGAUCUAAAGCCCGAGAAUAUUCUGCUUCACCAAUCGGGUCAUAUUAUGCUUUCGGACUUUGACUUGUCCAAGCAGUCAGACCCUGGUGGCAAGCCGACCAUGAUCGUUGGCAAGAAUGGAGCUCGAACAGACGCCUUACCAACCAUCGACACACGUUCAUGUAUUGCCAACUUCCGAACCAACUCUUUUGUAGGCACAGAGGAGUACAUUGCUCCGGAAGUUAUUAAGGGUAGUGGCCAUACAAGCGCAGUCGAUUGGUGGACUCUUGGCAUCCUUAUCUACGAAAUGCUCUACGGCACAACACCUUUCAAGGGCAAGAACCGUAACGCAACUUUCGCCAACAUCUUGAGGGAAGAUAUUCCCUUCCCCGACCACGCUGGUGCACCACAGAUCUCCAACCUCUGCAAGUCCUUGAUCAGGAAACUACUUAUCAAAGACGAGAACCGACGACUUGGCGCCCGAGCUGGUGCAUCAGAUAUCAAGGCGCAUCCAUUCUUUAGAACAACACAAUGGGCACUGAUUCGCCAUAUGAAGCCACCGAUCGUCCCCCAUGCUGGAAGAGGAGUUGAUACUGUCAACUUCCGAAACGUGAAGGAGAGCGAGAGUGUUGAUCUUUCAGGCUCAAGGGCUAUGAACUUGAAGGGAGUGCCUUUGGACAGUGGACUGGCCACUCCUGGUGGUGAAAUUGCCGACCCAUUCCUUGAGUUCAACAGUGUCACUUUGCAUCACGAUGGUGACGACGAUCACCACCGUUGA